CCAUGAUGAAGUUAAGUUUCUGGUUGGGUUAGAUAUUGAUCAAUGAAAUCAACACCAGAUUUGCAACACUGAACAAGAAUUAAAACGUCUUGCAGUAUCCUCAUGGGAUAUUCACAUAAAUUGUCUUGCGAUAGAUGAAAGGAAGCUGAAUGUUUUAAAUCAUAGAUAUCUAAGGCAUAUCUAUAUAUAUUAAUUUUAGGAUAACUCUGUCCUAGUGAGUGAUUUAUCAGAAAAGAAAAAGAAGGAAAUUGUUGACAAACACAAUAACAUCAGGAGAGGUGUGGAGCCAACUGCCAGCAAUAUGUUUAAAAUGACAUGGAGUGAGGAAGCUAGUAAGAAUGCGAAAAAAUCGGCUGCAAAAUGUAGAGGAGGAAACAGUCCCAAAAAUGAACUACAUGUGGAUGAAAAAACCUUUGGUGAAAAUAUCUUCCAAGCAAAUUAUCCCAGCUCUUGGACAGAUGUAAUUGAAGCAUGGUCUAGUACUGCAGUUGGUUUCAUGUAUGGUAUUGGGGCAACUGACUCAUCAAAAAACAUUUCUCCUUAUACUCAGAUUAUUUGGCACAGUACACAUGAGAUUGGAUGUGCAGUCGCCUACUGCCCACAGAAUGGCUUACCUUUCUUCUAUGUCUGCCAGUACCAACCAAGGGGGAACAUAGAAAAUGAAAUGGCAAAACCUUACAAAGAAGGCUCACCAUGUGAAGACUGCCCUGACCACUGUGAGGAUAAACUCUGCGAUAACCCAUGCAAGUAUAAGGAUACCAGUAGCUGCAAAGUACUACUAGCACUGAUGAAGGACUGUAAAAAUAAAUUGGUAGACCAAGAAUGCCGAGCCACCUGUAGAUGUACAUAA